AUGACAUCGCCAGGCGGCAACACAAGAAAGCGAACCUUGGCCUUCGUCUCCGAGGGCGUCACCGACCUCGAGACGCAGAGGGCCAGAGAGCAGGUGGAACAAGCCAAGUUCGAAGCCGAAUGCAAGAGGAGAGAACGCAAAUCCCUGAGAGAACAACUCAAGGCCAACGCCAUCAGCAAGCAGAAGGAGUUCAGCGGUCUGGUCAAGGAGCGUGACGGUAUCAACCGUCUCAGCGACGACGAGCUCGCCCACAUUAGGAGACUCGCGGAGCAAGACAGGCAAAGAGAACGAGACCUCAAGGAGUACCUCGAAAGCCACUCCAAGGGCUUUACUCUACGGCAGAGACAGCUGGCCAAAGAACAACCAGUAAAAGAGUCCCUCCCGCCACAACAACAAGCGUCGGCGAGGACCAACAAGCUUGACGGGGUAGUGAAGGUCGGCAAGCCCAUCAGGAAAAAGCUGAAACUCAAGCUCACGCCGUCCCGGUCCAGAACGCCCCCCAAGACAACCCAAUAA